AUGGAACACACCAAGGUGGAUCACGAAUCCACUGUGGAGAAGGAUGUUGCACUCGGCGGGACUCACGAUAUCGGCGUCAACUUGUAUCUGGAGGCUGAGCAGCUGACUGCCGAGGAGCUGGAGACUGAGGGCGCCGCAUUGUUGAAGAUUCUUGACUGGAGGAUUAUGCCGAUGCUCUACUUGACCUAUGUCAUUCAAUUCCUCGACAAGCUAUCGCUCAAUUAUGCAUCGGCAUAUUCCUUGAUUCCGGAUCUCGGUCUCGAAGGUCAACGAUAUUCAUGGGUUGCUGCUAUUUUCAAUUUCGGCUAUCUCUUCUGGGCCCUCCCAUCCAACCUCUUGAUUCAACGACUGCCGAUCGCUAAAUAUAUGGGUUGCAUGCUCCUGAUCUGGAGUGUACUUAUCGUAGCUCAUGUUGGAGCGAAGAACUACUCAGGAAUGCUCGUGUUGAGAUUCCUUUUGGGUAUGGCUGAAGCCGGAGUCAGUCCCUGCAUGAUGAGCCUCACAUCGAUGUUCUACAAACGCUCCGAACAGCCCUUGCGCAUGGCAGUUUGGCUCAGUGCAAACGGCAUGGCCACGAUGGUAGGAGCACUACUUGGAUUUGGCCUCGGACAUUCACACAAUACUGCCCUUCGCAGCUGGCAAUUAAUUUUCUUGACAAUCGGACUCCUCAACUUCGCUGCCGGUUGUUUAUUCCUCUGGCUCAUGCCCGAUUCACCUAGCACUGCCCGCUUCCUAACUCACCGACAGCGCGUGGUAGCUGUGCAGCGGGUCGCGGAGAACAUGAUCGGCGUCAAGACCCGAGAAAUCAAACCACGCCAGGCAUUGGAAAUUCUGUACGAUUUUAGGGUUCUCUGCUACGCUGCAAUCGGAAUCGCAUGCGGUGUCAUCAACGGCGGCUCCUCGAAUUUCGCAUCGGCCUUGAUUAAAGGCUUUGGCUUCAGCGGAAUCUACACUACACUUCUCCAACUUCCGACGGGCGCAAUCGAAGCUGUGGUCGUUCCAAUCUGCGGUCUCAUCGCCACGUACAUUAAAGAUACCCGGUGUAUCAUUCUCGGGGUCGUCUGUCUGAUCCCCUUUGGCGGUCUUCUGGGUAUUCGCUUUACGAGUCUCGACCACCCCUGGACUCUGGUUGGCUGUACCUGGCUGCAGUACCUCGUCGGUGCUCCCGUGAUCAUAUCGUGGAAUCUGCUUGCGACGAACGUUGCCGGCCACACGAAACGUGCUGUCGCCAAUGGUCUUUGGUUCUCAAUGUAUGCAGCCGGUAAUGUUGCGGGUGCUAAUAUAUUCUUCGCGAACGAAGCCCCGCGCUAUUUCUCAGGCCUUCUGGGCUUGCUCAUCUGCUAUGCGGGUAUCAUUGUUCUAGCGAUUGCAAGCUACGUAUCUAUGAAAUGGGAAAAUGCGCGCAGGGAUGCUGCAUUGACUGCGGAAGAUGCUGAAGAUGUUCAGGGUGAUAUCACCUCUCAGGCUAUCUUGGAUGGUUUCAAGGAUAUGACCGAUAUGCAGUCCAAGCACUUUAGAUAUGCGCUUUGA